AGCUGUGGGGACAGGAGGGAUUCUACCUGGACUCAUUGCUAUAAAUUUGGAAUAGCAGAGAGCAAGACUCUCUCCCUAUACACGGACAUCUGCUGCAUUUACGACUUGGGACAGCACAGAGCAUCUCUUCCUGCACAUGCAUCCAUAUAAUUCAUCUUCUUUAUUUAUACAUACUUGAAGGUCUUGUUGAUGUCUGUUCAACAAAGAGGAAUCAUUUUAAGAGAAAAGCAAUCAAGAUGUUGCCAGUAAAACCUUCACCGCCACCAGUUGUGAAGAUACCUCCACCUGUUGUGCAGGUGCCAGAUCCUGUUAAUAUCUGUCCACCUGUAAAGAAGAUGAGUGGUACUGGGGAUGAGGACAAAUUGGAGAGCCGGACAGCAGCCAUUGCUUCUCAGUCUGUAAGAUGCAGUAUUUUCCCCUUUGUGGUCUCCCCAGACACAGAACGAAUUCGAUUCAUGUUAAAGGAGGAAGAUGAGGUCCCAGCGACACCCCAGCUCUUCACUGAACUGGAUGAGCUGCUGGCUGAGGAUGGGCAAACGAUGGAGUGGAGAGAGACAGCAAGGUGGGUCAAGUUUGAAGAAAAAGUUGAAAAGGGUGGAGAGCGCUGGAGUAAACCUCAUGUCGCCACAUUAUCCUUGCACAGCCUAUUUGAGCUGAGAACAUGCAUAGAAAAGGGUACUAUUAUGCUAGACUUGGAGGCCUCAACUCUUCCCUUGGUUGUGGAGAACAUCAUUGACAGACAGAUUGAGAAUGGACAGUUGAAAGCUGACUUCAAGGACAAGGUUAUGUUCACCUUGCUGCGUAAACAUCAGCACCAGGCAAAGAAGAGAAACCUACGGUCACUUUCUGAUGUCGACAAGACAGUCCCUAGUGCAAGUAGCCCAGCAACUACCCAUCAAAAUGUAGCAUCAGGCAGCUUAUAUGUUUCUGAAAAACCAGAUAAACACCAGUUGAAGAACAAGUUCAUAAAGAAGCUACCAAAAGAUGCAGAAGCCUCCAAUAUAUUAGUGGGAGAAGUUGACUUUUUAGAUUCACCAUUAGUGGCAUUUGUCCGCUUGCGGCAAGCUGUUAUGCUGGGAUCUCUGACUGAGGUUCCUCUUCCAACCAGAUUCUUGUUUAUCUUGCUGGGUCCCAAAGGCAAUGCAAAGUCCUACCAUGAAAUUGGAAGAGCAAUUGCUACACUAAUGUCUGAUGAAGUCUUCCAUGACAUUGCAUACAAGGCCAAGGAAAGACAGGAUCUCCUGGCUGGCAUUGAUGAAUUCCUAGACGAGGUAAUUGUCCUUCCCCCUGCGGAGUGGGACCCUGCCAUCAGGAUAGAGCCACCAAAGUCUCUGCCACCCACAGACAAAAGGAAGAAUAUGUAUUCUGGAGCAGAUAUGAUACAGAUGAAUGGUGGAGAACAUAAAGGAGGAGGCCACCAAAUUGGCAAUGAACUUAAGAGGACAGGAAGGUUUUUUGGUGGCCUCUUACUAGAUAUCAAAAGGAAAGCUCCCUAUUUUCCCAGUGAUUUUUAUGAUGCUUUGAAUAUCCAAUCACUGUCAGCCAUUCUAUUUAUCUACCUGGGAACUGUAACAAAUGCUAUUACUUUUGGGGGCCUCCUUGGGGAUGCCACAGAAAAUAUGCAGGGCGUGCUGGAGAGCUUCCUGGGCACUGCUAUCACCGGGGCAGUCUUCUGUCUUUUCGCAGGGCAGCCUCUCACCAUUCUCAGCAGUACGGGUCCAGUGCUGGUCUUCGAGAGACUUCUUUUUAAUUUCAGCAGGGACAAUUCUUUUGACUACUUGGAGUUUCGACUGUGGAUUGGUCUGUGGUCAGGAUUCUUAUGCUUGGUUUUGGUGGCAACAGACGCCAGCUAUUUGGUUCAGUAUUUCACCCGCUUCACAGAGGAAGGCUUCUCUUCCCUCAUCAGUUUCAUUUUCAUCUAUGAUGCUUUCAAGAAGAUGCUGAAGCUGGCUAAUUAUUACCCAAUUAACUCAGAGUAUAAGAUUAAUGAUGUAACCCAAUAUGACUGCAUCUGUGUAGCUCCAACAGUGGAUAAUAAAACAGGGCUGUACAGUGAUUCUUUGGAAGUCUCUACAUGGAUGAUGCGUGUCACUGAACUGCCAUUGGACACUUGGUCAUCACUGACAAAGAAGGACUGUAUAAAAUAUGGAGGAGAAUUAGUUGGGAAGGCUUGCAAAUUUGUCCCUGACAUAACCUUAAUAUCCUUUAUUCUCUUCUUUGGGACUUACAUAUGCUCCAUGUCUCUUAAAAAGUUCAAGACAAGUACUUUCUUUCCCACCACAGUGAGAAAACUUGUCAGUGACUUUGCUAUCAUCUUGGCCAUUUUAAUUUUCUGUGGUGUGGAUGCACUGGUAGGAGUGGAUACACCAAAACUCAUUGUGCCAACUGAAUUCAAGCCAACCAGUCCACACAGGGGUUGGUUCGUAUUUCCAUUUGGUGGAAACCCUUGGUGGGUGUAUUUGAUAUCAGCCGUUCCUGCCCUGCUUGUCACUAUUCUGUUGUUCAUGGACCAGCAGAUCACAGCUGUCAUUGUCAACAGGAAAGAACACAAGCUCAAGAAAGGAGCUGGGUACCAUCUGGACCUUUUCUGGGUUGCAGUUUUAAUAAUUCUGUGCUCUUUUAUGGGACUCCCAUGGUAUGUGGCAGCCACUGUCAUCUCCAUUGCUCACAUUGACAGUUUGAAGAUGGAAACCGAAACAUCUGCCCCUGGAGAGCAGCCCAAGUUUCUGGGAGUAAUGGAACAGAGAGUCACUGGUGUUUUUGUCUUCAUUUUGACUGGACUAUCUGUGUUCAUGUCUCCAAUACUCAAGUUCAUUCCAAUGCCUGUUCUAUAUGGAGUAUUCCUCUACAUGGGCGUGGCCUCUCUUAAAGGUGUUCAGUUUAUGGACCGCCUUAAGUUGCUCCUAAUGCCAGCCAAGCACCAACCGGAUCUGAUCUACCUGAGACAUGUGCCCCUGCGCAAGGUUCAUCUCUUCACAUUUUUCCAAGUUCUCUGUCUGGCUCUUCUUUGGAUACUCAAAUCUACUGUGGCAGCCAUUAUUUUUCCAGUGAUGAUCCUGGCUCUAGUGGCUGUGAGGAAGGGUAUGGACUACAUUUUUUCCCAGCAUGACCUUAGCUUCCUGGAUGAUGUAAUUCCUGAAAAAGACAAGAAGAAAAAGGAAGACACCCAAAAAAAGGGAAGCACAGACAGUGACGAAGAUUGUCCCUACAAUGAAAGCAUCCCCAGUAUAAAAAUACCCAUGGAUACCAUGGAAAAGGAGGUUUUUUUAAGUGAUACAACGUCUGACAAAGAGAAGUCUCCAAAUUUGCUUGAAAGAGAUUCAUCAUGCUGAAUAGCUGACAAUAUUUCGAGUGACCAGUAUCGAAGGAGGAGGACAUAUUUUCCUAUAUCAUGAUGGACGCAGAGUAAUAUAAGAACAAGAAUGGGAAUGUUUUGAGAUUUUUAGAGCAGUAUUUUACCAUGCUGAAUUGCAGCCUUUAUUACAAUUUUGUUUAUAACCAAAAGCAGAUAUUAGGAAAUAAACAUCCUGUUUAUGUUACUCUGCAGUCUGUUUUUAAACUUUAGUUUUUAAUGAUUUUUAAAGUUUCUUUUAAAGUCAUAUUUCAAAGAUUCUGGAUUGUAAAUAUUUUACGACAAUGGAUUCUUCUUGAGAAAUCAGCAUCAAAGACUUUCAAGUCUUCAUUAACUAUAACAAUAUAAAUAUAAUAUUCAGUUCUUCAAUUGUUGCCAAAUUUUACUUAUGUAAUUUUUUAUUACAGAUAAUUGUGUUCAUACAUUUUUUUUCCCUCAGACACGGCAUAUUUGCUGUGCUAGAAAUAAAAUUAUAAUUCUCCAAGUGGCUGAAACACAAAAUAUGUUUUUCCAUUUGGGACUGGCAUCCCAUCCAAAGGGCAGCCCCUGCUUUGUGCCUCCAUGGUCCCUCUAUGAACCUGACAAGGAAAAGCAGUUGAAAGAUGGAUGCAAGUUUUAACUUUUAUACUCAUUAACUUUUUUUUUUCAGUGUACAUGGUGAUUGAUAUUUUUAACAUUAUUCUCGCAUAUUGUUUUGUUUUGACUUAUUAUAUAGCAAUACAUUUCAAUGUCUAAAAUGUAACACUGAUAUAUUAAAAAAUACUAAAAAACAAAGCUUCUAAUGCAACUGAAUUUGAAAAGGUAUCUGUAAAUGUAAAUAUUCUCUCUAUAGUAACCUAGAGCCGGUUGAUCUGCUUGAGAGAAAAAUGCUUAAGGAUUAGCAGAUAUGCACCCCGGGAACUGGUCAUAUAAAUUAAACAAACUUCAUGAAAAUUAGAAUAAAGUUCCUGUUUGAUACUAUGUGACAUGAUGUUAGGCUGAAGGGAAUUCUUCUAGAGCUCUAUGGCUAUCUUACAGAACAUUUGUGUAAAUAACUGUGCUAUAACAUUAAUUAAUUUUUCAUUCUUUUAAUCAAGAAUAUGAGUAUAUGCAGAUUAUGUUAAGGGAUUCAGACCUACUUUCAAUCCUCUCAAUCUUUAUAUCUAGGCUAAAAAUGCACCUGUUUAAUUUAGCUUACAGGCUCUUGGUAGUUACCCAACAUAGGGAUGCAGUCUGAGGUGUAGAGCUGGGUGGGGAUCAGUAUCACUGACUUUGGACAAACCGUACUGUGGGCCCUGUUGUUCUUGCUCUGCAUGUGGUUUUGUGCUGCUUGGUUGCCGCCUCAUGAUUCCUCAUUGAUUCAUCGUGUUUGUGAUCCUACCUGCCUCUCCCUCCUUCUUUACUCAUGCUUGUAUGUUGCAUUGUCAUUUUUCUGUUCCACAUUUAUUGAUGAACCUUCCUUAUUCCCUCUUACCUGGGGAGGGAACAACCCAGAGGGCCGCAUGCAAGGGAGCAGGUUCACUUGUGUAUCAGCCUGCUUGUGCUACCCCACCUCCUUGCUGUCUGCCUAACAUUAUUUGCCCAACUGUUUGUCUGCCUCUGUUCUCCUGCCACCUGCCUGACUUCAUCUUGCACUAAAUUAUGUGACCUUAUACUGCUCAAUGCUGACCACAGGUGGAUGGACCCUCAUGAGUUUGGUUUCAAGGUUUGUUCUUCUCUGUAAAGAAGAGUCUUUCCUUGCCAUUGUUACCUCAAGCCGGGGACCAAGUAUUUUGUGACCUUGUAAAUAGCACUAAAUAUAGAAUUGCAUUGAACAGAAAGGCUAACUCAGCUAUGUGACAAAGAAUAAAUGAAUUAAAAUGCAUGAUCUUGAAAAUCCUUAAGAGGCAAAAAAAAGAUGGUAAGUAAGGUUCA